CAUAUACAAACUCACCUCCUCCUCCUGCUUCUCCUCCUCCUCUCCUUUGUCCUCCUCCUCCUUCCUCCCUCCCUCCCUCUCUCUCUCGCCCCCUCUUGCUUCCUCUCUCUUCCUUGGAUUUGAGAGAAAAAAAAAUGGAACAUGGGUGCUAUUAGCUUACAAACCCAUCUGGAAUUGGACUCGAAGUGUUUGGUACUGCUUCUAGCUUCAAAGUGACGCAAGAGGUGUGAGGGGGUUCCUUUUGGUCAUGGACAAGCCAAGUUUUAUGAGGCAAGGAGUGCUCAGGCUGCCCCCUGGAUUCAGAUUCCACCCCACUGAUGAAGAGCUUGUUGUGCAGUACCUUAAGAGGAAGGUCUUCUCCUGUCCAUUGCCGGCUUCCAUCAUCCCCGAGAUCGAUCUCGGCAAAUACAAUCCUUGGGACUUUCCUGGUGCGUGUAAGCAAGAGCGGUAUUUUUUCCACCUUAGAGAAGCCAAGUAUCGGAAUGGUAAUCGAUCGAACCGGGCAACCGGCUGCGGUUACUGGAAGGCAACAGGGAAGGACAAGGCGAUCGUAGCUUCGAGCAGCAACCAGGUGGUGGGGAUGAAGAAGGUGCUGGUCUUUUAUCAUGGGAAGCCUCCAAGAGGGUCCAGGACUGAUUGGAUCAUGCAUGAGUAUCGCCUCGCCGGCGCUGAGACUAGAGCCUGUGUCUUUCCCCAAAGAAAGAACUCAACCCUUAGUUCCAUGGUUCCUACAAAAGAUUGGGUGCUCUGUCGUAUUUUUAAGAAGAAAAGAGCUACCAAGAUGGAUGUUGAUGUCGAAGAAUGCCACGAAGAGAGCCAAAGUAGAAAUGGUAGCAUUGGGUUCGUUGAUUUCAUGGGGCUGCAACAGAGAGAUCAACGGCCUUCCUCAGCCUCUUCAUCAGAAUCAAGCUGUGUCACCGAGCCUUCUGAUGGAUCAAGCAGUGGAGAUGCAACUAGCUGCAGCAACAGUUGAUCACUUCCAUAAGGAAGAAAGCUUAGAGCUCUUUUGCUUCGCUGUAUCAAAACUAAAAGCCUCCUAUUUUUCCUCUCUCUUUUUUCCCCCUUAAUCGGAGAUCCUCCAUGAAUAACCAUAAGCUUUUGACUCUAGGAAUUCUAGUCUCUUCAUCUCUUGUAAGUUUUCUUUAUGAACAACUUAGAUACAAGAGAUCUUUGUGGAUCAUCAGAGCUUGUUGCUAAUGUGGAAGAGAUGUUUUCCUUAAUGAAACUCUGUGUUUUGUUUAUUUCUAAUUA